AUGAAUAAAAUUUUCCGGCUUUUCAGAAAGAAAAAGAAAAAGAAAGAUGAACGUUCUAAUAAAGUAGAAUUGGUAAAGCAGUUUGAAACAAGCGAAACUGAAACUUUAGUUAAUAGAGUAGACCAUGGUUCUGAAACCUAUAAGAAUUUUGAUCACCAAAGAUUUUCAAGCUAUCCGACUCCCUCAAGGAAACGUAAUCUUAAUCAAUUACCAAAGAUUAUAACUGACCCAACGCAACUUGCCAUAAUUAGUGAUUAUAAUAGAAGAAAUACUUAUAAUGCCUUCAAUCAUAAUAACCAUAAUAACAGACAUUCAUCUUACAAUCAUAGUAACAGUUAUUCAUCUUACAAUCAUAAUUACAGACAUUCGUCUUUUCAUCAAGAUGGCUUUGAUAUCGAAAAGUUGAUAGACAUAAGAAAAUCCAUCAUUAAUCAAAAAGUAAAACCUAUGCAAAUUUCUUCAGGAAUUUGUCCAAAUUGUAAUAAUCCUAUUGCUGAAUUUGGUUACUAUACUAAAUGGUGUUUACAAUGUCAAUCAAACCUUUUCAAGGAUAAAUUUGGUUCUUGGUCAAGUGAUUAUGAUGUUAUUGAUACUUUUAUUCAAGAAACUCAACUUACUUCCCAAAGUAGAUUUGAUUUCUUAGAAUGGAUACCUUAUAAAAAAUUUAAAAAUAUUAAACAGCUUAGAUCUAGCGAUUACAGUUGCGAUUACAGAGCGUUAUGGCUUGAUGGUCCAUAUGAAAAAUGGGACGUGGAUACGGCUCAAUAUGUAAGAUGUGGUAAACGGAGAGUUACAUUAAAAUCUUUUGAAUGCUACAUUAAUAUCGUGAAACAAUGUUUAAACCUUGAUCCUCUCAUGAGACCUACUGCUGAUCAACUUUACAAAACACUUGGUAAAUGGUUGUGUUUAUUAUUAAACGUUACCACCUCUGAUAUUGCUAAAGAAUUUCAUGAAGCAAAUGAAAGACUAACGCUUUUUGAUAAUAAGUUUGAAGUUCACCCGGAAGCUACAUACAAUAGUAGAUUUUACAAUUUCAAAGGAUUUGAUUCGUCACAGAAAACCCUUUCUUUAAAUAGCCAUAAAUUAUGA